ACGUCCUCUGCUUCAUGGGUUUGGUGUCUUCCAAACCUCUCUCCCUCUCUACCUUCUCUCUCUCUCCGGGUGUUCCUCUCUGAAUCUGAAUCGAGUAAGUACUUUAUCCGGUUUCAAUCUGAUGAAAUGCAACACUGGGAUGAUUCAAUUUAUAUUUUAACUUUGUACUACAAAUUUAGGAGUUAGGAUAUUGAAUUGCUGUUUCUAAUAGGCUUACGGAGUAUGUGUAAUAUGCGUCAUAUUUUCUCUGGUAUCUACGCGCGAAUUUCUUCCGAAAGCUCUAAUUAAGGUUUGAUUUUACAUAGGUGAUCUCCGAUUCAAAAAAUUCGAUAUCUAGGCCCUCAUAUUUUGGUCCAGAAUUCGGAUUUAGAGAUCCCGGCUUAUUGAAAAUCUGGUUCUCUGGGAUUCUAAUUCAUUUUAUCUGCAAAUUUUAGGAUUGAAUUUGUGAUUUAGUUCAUUGAAACUCGAAGUCGGGUUAGCAUUAUGGAUGGUAAUAAGGAUGAAGCAUUAAGGUGCAUAAAACUUGCUGAAGAAGCCAUUUCAUCGGGUAAUAAGGGGCGAGCAUUGAAAUUUAUUAAGAUUGCGCAGCGGCUCAAUAGUAGUUUAUCUGUUGAAGAACUUUUUACUGCAUGUGAGAAGCUUGACUCAGGGUCAUCUGCAUCCACUGUUGAGGAAACGUGUGCUGAUGCUGACAAGAUUAAGUCUGGCCUGGGAAAAUGUGGCGAUAGUAUAAGUGAGGAAAGAGAUUAUACUGAAGAACAUGCUCAAUUGGUUAGAGAGAUAAAAAGGAAAACUGACUAUUACAAGAUCUUAGGUUUGGAAAAGACUUGUUCCGUUGAGGAGAUUAGGAGGGCUUACAGGAAAUUGUCCCUCAAAGUUCAUCCGGAUAAGAAUAAGGCUCCUGGUUCUGAGGAAGCAUUUAAGAAAGUAUGCAAGGCAUUUAAGUUUUUCUUACUUGCUUAUCUGCCGUUUUCGGAGCCUGAUUACUCGUUACAUAAAAACUAUUCCUAUCAGUUUCCCAUGACAACUGAGAAACAUGAAAUUCAGUUUUAUGUCAAAUCAUCUUCCUUUGAUGACAAAUUUCCUCCUGGUAGCCCUGCUCGAUCUAACAUUGAGGACAAUGUGAUUAAGGAUUACAAGAAUUUGCUAUGGCGAUAUUGCCAAAUUGAACUCCAGAAGCGUCGCUGGAACAAAAAUAUGCCAAUCCCUCACUGCAAUAAACUGCAAGAUCUUGGAUUUGUUGGAAGGUAAUAUGGCUAGAAUUUGGAGAA